GUCUCAUCUCAAUCCAACACUCUCAUAACGAACAGUACAAUGUUAAAUACUUCAUUAAAUGCUGAAUCACUAAGGAAAUCGAUACUGGUUGAAUGUUGUAACCAUUCAAAAGUGACUGCCAGAAAGUCAAAACAAAGAGUCGUCAAAAGUCAGAUCCAGGUUUUUAUCACAUAACAUACAUGUAGGGGGUAAAUGAGUUGUGUAAGGUGAAUGGGUACGUAUGUACAUAACAACUCCCAUCUAGGAUCUAAGUAUUAUUGUAGGACAGGACACCCACCUUCAUUGGGUUUUCGUAGUGGUGGUU